UUUGUUCGUAUGGUACUUUAAAAAUCGAUUCAGUGGGGUGCGUAUCUCGUGUAAUAUGUUAAAAGUCCACAUAACGGGUAGACGAAAAAAGUAGACGUGUGAGGGAAUCAUCUUGAUGUUUUUGUUUUUUUUGGUCAUUGUUAAGGAAGUCACAUGACGACGCUCAAACUACUUCCUUGUUUGUCCGGAAGCACGCGUACUGUACAUAAAAUGUACUAAUCGGAAACGCUCUGUCCCAUUGUUUGAGUAGUAUAAACGAAAUGUCGUCAUAAUUUUUUCUAUUAUUUGAAUGCCGACUAUAGUACUAUGAACAUCCAGCAGUUUCCGAAAUAAAUUAGAUUCAGGACCAACUAACGAUCUAAACAUAGCCCAAAAUGUCAGAGACACACAAUAAUGUUGGUUUAACUCAGUCUGACGCCCUGACUGACGAGAUAUCAGCAGGCCACAUCGUCCUGGAAAGGUCUCCUCCCGAUUAUGUGAAGAAAAUAUCGCAGUACCUCGAGUGCUCGGCGGGACCGAGUCGCCAAAAUAGAACACCUGAAGAGCCCCCUGAAGUCGACAGUGAUUCGGGGGACAGCCUAUUUAUAACACAGUUGCCUGUGCCUCAAGCCGUGAGAACAGUCAGACGCCGGAAAUCAUCACGGGACACUUUUGCCACCGAGCUAGAGGACAGUGAGGGGGACAUUUCGUCCUCUCAGAGUGAUGCCGCUGACCAUGAGACGAGCAGAAAGAAGAGAAAGAAAAGAAAGAUAACGCUCCCAAAAUACAGCUUCUCUUUUCUCACGGAAAGGAAACGGAAGUCCAGAUGCACUAAUUUAACCAGCAAACAGAAUCUAAAAUUUCAUAAUUAUGUGAUGGGGGGCUUCUUUAAAUGUGUCGAGUUGUGGCAGCGAGCAGAGGAUUUAUCUGAAGGUCAACCAACAGUUGACCAAGAUGAUGAGGACAUAUCACCCUUGACGGCAGAUGAAGGAGAAGACAAAUCUGGUGACGAGGACAUCAAAGUGGUGGAAAAAAAACGUUUUCUGGCAAAAUCCAAAACCAAGUGGCAGCAAGCCUGGCACAUACCACUACAGUGUACCACGCAACAUGAGGAGGAAGAAGGAGCCGUUACUCAAGAAAGGGAGAAAACAGAUCAAAUAUCAAAUGAGGUGCCCACGUCCAGUAUGGCUUUGGCGAAAGACAAAAACAAUGAACCACUCAGAAUCAAGGUGGUGCCAACCCGAACACUGAGACGCAAGAGGACUCUUUUCCCCGAAGAAACGGCAGAACUUGUUGAUGCGGAAACUACACCUACGACUGCAACACCCAUAACCUUGGAAAGCACAGAUGACACUGCACAGGCACCACAGGCUUAUGAUGAGCUGGUUCUUCAUGGAAACAAAAUGUCCAAUUUUUCACAUGUUACGAACACUCAGACAACAGAAGAUGAUAAUGCAGGAGCCAGCGUUGUCACCUCGGAAAAAAAGAAAGAACAUAAGAGACAAGAAAAUGAGCUGGUUAACUUGGAGCUUGACCUCAGCGUACAAGAAGAUGCCACGUCUUCCCUCAGUCGAGAUGAGCCGACAGAGAAAAACAAGCUAAGGGAGGUUGAAGACGACUCCUGUGUAGUCAGCGAACCUCUAGGUAAUGAGAGGCGGUUGAAAAAGAAGAAAAAAAAGAAAUCGCAUCAGGAACCAAGGAGUCUAGACACUCUUGCAACUUCUCAAAAAAAUGCAAAGAGACAAUGUAACAAGUUUCCUGAAGAUGAUAUUAGUGAUAAAAGUGAAGAAAAGAUGUCUUCCUGUCUAUCUGAGGGAGGCGACACGUUCAAAAGGAGUGAUGCCAACGAUGUGCAACUGGUUCGCAAGAAAAAGAAGAAGAAAAAAUCACACACAACGAUCCCACCAAUCGACGAGUUUAUGUGUGGACUGGGUAACAAAAACGAUUGGACCUCUUCCUUCCUUGUUGCUGAUGUGGAGGAAAGCACUGCUGCUUUAGAGGCAGAGUUACACGAUGCGCUCAAGAAAAAGAGAAAGAAAAACUCGGCCGGCCACGGGAGCACAGAAGAUUUUGUGGGCGCAUCAUCUCACUCUGCUUUGCCCGAAAACGUUCAGGUGGCCUUGGAAAGUAAAAAGAAGUGCCCAGACAGUCAAGUUGUGAAUCUUGUGGAAAGAAACGAAAGCACAGCUGGUUCUGCGUUUUUGAAACCCGAUGAAGGCAAGUUAAAGAAGAAGCCGAAAGAUCAAGCGUAUGACGAGACAGAGGAGACUCUACUUUUGGACACUGAAGAAUUUGGAGAGCUCAAUUCACCACUUAAUCAAGCUCAUUAUGCUGAUGAUGCAACUUCUAAUGAAGCACCGGGCAUGCCCGAAGAUAAGGAAGCACCGGACAUGGCCGAAGAUGACACAUUAAAUUAUUUAAAAGACAGGAAGAGGAAGAAAAAGAAGAAGAAGAAGGAGAGAGAAAAACUGCUUACAAGUAAGGCUGAACUUGAGGAGGACUUGAUGUGUGAUGACGGCGUUCAACAUAAAAAGAGAAAGAACGACAGACAUUCACGAACACCCAAUCUCACCCCUGUGACAUCAGAGACUGAUUCCCUGUUUCAAUUGUCCCCAUCAGACAGUGUCAAGAAAAAGAAGCACAAAAAGAGUGUCCUCACACGCCAUCUGUAUAGUCAACGAGAGGGUUUCUUUUAAGUUUGGUGGGGGGUUUUCCCCCCAAUAUUGAUCGUUUUGAUUGGCAUGGAUUCAAUGUCAUUCAAAAACAAACUCGCCUUCAACAAAUUCCAGUGGUACAUAGAAUAUGCGUAUAUGUUCAGUAUCAUUAACGUGUGCAUUGCCGUUGUCUGUAAUCAUAUAUUUUCAGUUUAUAUAAAACAUGAGACCAUGAUCAAUGGUUAAAAAUCCCACCCCCCCAAAAAAAAUAAAA